CUUCCGCUGACGCGACUCUCGCCGCGUGCACUUUCUUUGCCUCGUUCAACAUCACCAGUCGUAUUGUCAUCCUCCUGCUCUCCACGCCGUGCACCGUGGCGCAGACAGAGCCCGGUUUCCGAUUCCUUCACAUACAAGAAAUUGAGGAAAUACGUAACACUGCCAAUCAUGGACGAUGAAUUCGGCGCCGACGAAGACUUCCUGGCCGCUCUCGCAUCGUCGAACCCGGCACCUUCACGCCCCGAGCCUCAACCAUCCCGUCCCCGUGUGCAGCAACCGACACCGCAGAAGAUACAGCAGCCGACACCGCAGCGCUUGGAUAGACCACCGCCUGCAAAUGCUUCUGCGAGCGGCAAGAUUGUCCAACCGACUCCCCAGGCCCUUCCCCAGCGAGGAUCCGGCUCCGCCAUUCUUGUCUCUCCACGGCAGAGGGGCAACCCGGUGCUCGCAUCUCUCAAGUCGAUGCCAUGGGAGUACAGCGAUAUUCUAGCUGACUACGGUCUUGGUUUGACGACAUGUGCAUUGUUCUUGAGUCUGAAGUACCACCGCCUCCACCCCGAGUACAUCCAUACGAGAAUCAGGAAUCUUCAAGGGAAAUACAACCUACGUCUCGUGUUGACCAUGGUUGAUAUUCCGAACCACGAAGAGGUCUUGCGCGAGCUGUCCAAGACCUCAUUGGUCAACAACGUCACCCUCAUUCUUUGCUGGUCAGCCGCCGAGGCCGCGCGAUAUCUCGAGCUGUACAAGUCGUACGAGCACGCCAACUUCAACGCCAUCCGCGGUCAACAAGCGUCGACGUAUGCGGAGAAGCUCGUCGAGUUUGUCACGGUUCCCAGGAGCGUCAACAAGUCGGAUGCCGUUGCCCUGGUCAGUAACUUUGGUAGCUUGAAGAACGCCAUCAAUGCGAAUCCCGAAGAGAUUGGCCUGCUAGCUGGCUGGGGAGCUGUCAAAGUCAACAAAUGGGUCAAGGCUGUCGAGGAGCCCUUCCGAGCACAAAAGUCUGGCAAACGACAGCUGGAUAGAUCGGACUGCACCGAGGACGGGAGGCCGUCGCAAGCAUCGAGGUUGGAUCAAGCUGUGCCUCUCAGCCGGGUCCCGCUUCGUGAGAUGUCUACGAGGGACUCUUCACGAGGCUCACCUGCAGUGGGCACGCCAACGACAACCCAGCCCAAGAAGCCUGCGGCCUUGGAAAGAGGCAAUCCGGAUCUGGACGAGGACGAUGAAGAGGCGAUGAUCGCUGCCGCUAUUGAGGAAUCAAGGCGGACUACUGAGGUGCAAGCACAAGCACAAGCACAGACGCCGGCGCAGGCGCAGACGCAGACGAAACAAGUUGACAGCGCAGGUGCCAAAGACGAUGCACUUACAGACGGGGUCGCAGCCGCACUCGCAAAGUUGCGGAAGCAGGGCUGAAUACCUGUAUCCUCUGGGCUAUCCCGCUUUUCUGUACAGCCCCAGAAACACAACACAGCCUUGAAGAUUGUGGGCUAAAGUCUAAUCGACGUUUCGAAAGGACGGCACACCUUACAAGAGACGAAUUUGCGUGUAUGGCAUUUUUCCUUGGUGUUCCGCGAGGCACCUUUCGCAUAAGGAAUAGGAAACUCCAUGACUCGUUGGGAUUCGAAGAAGAGCAUUAAUGCGGCUUCGAGAGGAAGAACGGAUCGAACGAUGAAGUAAACUUUGCGCACUUCUGAAGCGACCCUUGGUUCGCCGGUGGGCCAAUCACGACGAUGCCGACCAGGGAACGGUACACAAUCAUCAGACGACUCGCCCGGUAGGAAAGCGAAGUCCGUCUGUAGAAGCAUGCCAUCCAAGUCAGAUUUGCCUAGAAUCUCCAACGCUGCCUUUGGCGUAUCAACAGAGCAGGUGGGGGACUGUAUGCUGUGCUCAAUAUAGGUUGUGUUCGCGGGUUCGCGCAGUGCGGGGGCGGCCUGGACACGGGUUUGCAGGUACCGAACUCAAAGUCAAGAGUUGGAGAUGAAGAUCGUCACGCACGCAUCUGUUAUUUCUCCAAUGUCACCCUUCUGACCAAGUCAAGUGGUUGACAUGGGACGAGCUGGCGGACCUUAGUUCUGACGCCGCGCCAUUUCUCCCUAUCACGAUUGACAUUUGAUCUUUGGUUUGUGUAACUCUUGGGCAACUUGCCAAAGGACUAAAACUAUUGAUGCGCUACUCCUUGCUCUUACAUGAGAAUCAAAUAGGCACUGCAUCGACGCCGAGCAUGCAGAGCCUCCGAGAUCCAAUGAUCAGUAGCUCCGAUCAUCCCCGGCUAGAUUAAGCCGGGUAUAGCGGCCACCGGCAUGGCCAAGCAGUCUUCUGAUCCGCCCGUGCCAAGGCCAAAGGCCGCAGUCGGUCAAUAUCUGGAGGCCAUGGAAAUUGACUCCCCGUUGAAGCGCAUCUCCAAAGUCCCGAGGAGACACUGCCUCAUACGGAAGGUCAACAAGUUUACAACUUACACCACCUUGUGGUCGGGUCAUUGUACGAGGGCCCAGAACUUCUUCCCCCCAUUCCUGUCCCUCGGAGGCUCGGGUAUUGCAACUCGCCAGCAUUUGUUUCCUUGACUUCCUCUGCCCGUAUGCAACUGCAACUGCAACGCAACGCUGCAUUUAACUUUGGGUAGCACUGGGCAAGGGGCCUUUCCCAAGUUUCCCCCCAACAGCUGCUCCGCACGUGCUUGAUUCACCAGGGACGUCCGUGCCUGGUGACUUUGCCAUUUCGAGAUGAGCAGCGACGAACCUGGGCAAGAUCAUCUCUGCGCGUGUUUGAUGCCAGUCAUUACGGCCACCAGCGGACUCGGCCCGCGUGGACGGCUCAUCACUCGCCCUACCAAUGGUGUAACCCCCGUUCGAAUAAGAACAGUUCGUCUGACUCCCGGAUGUUAGAUGCACUCAUAGUCUCAUUCUACUGGGGUGGUGGUGGGACUUUGGAGAGGUGGAGGGUGGUAUCGAAAGGAACAAUAAUCAGGAGGGCGAAGAUGAGCCGGAGAUGGGAAGGGAAAGACACCGGGUCGCGAGGACCACUUACCAUGUCGAAUGGAGUCAUGGACACAAGAACCGACGUUGCAGACGCAGAAAGCCGACAGAAGCAGGAGAGAUGAAGCAGGGGCAGCUGGUGUGUAGAAAAUAAAAGGUCCCGACUAUGAGACAUGGAGCAGGGGCG